CCUAAUCCAAGUGUUAAAAACAUCAAAAUCAAAAUCACAGUCUGUACCAGAAUAAAUUCUAGGCUGGUAAACUUACCUAUUGGUUGUUUUUUGAAGAUUCGUUUUAGUCCGUUUCUAAAGUCAUAUAUCAAAAGUUAGUUACGUUUUCGCUAAUGUUGUUGUUUUUUUCUUUGAGGUUAGCCGCUUAACGGAUAUUCAUAUUGUUUUUCAAUGUACAUUAUUGGAGAUACCCGUUGUUUUUAAUCAAUCCGUCUUGGUGGGAAACCGUAUUCCUUUAAUAAUUAUUUCUUAUUCGGGUUUUGAGGAAGUUUUUUAACAAUUUAAUUAUUAUAUUAUACUGAAAAAGUAAUUCUUGAGCUAAUUUUUGUUAAAUAAACAAUGAACAUCCAAAAUGUUUGGUGAUACUAUUACAUAGUUUCUAUUUGUGACUGUGGUUUUAAAUUUGACAUAGUGUUUUGAAUUAUUUUCAUGAAAAGUAAGUGGUUGGUUAUAUUAUUUUUGUUUAUGUGAAUGGCGAUAGAAUAAUUUUUAAAGUUGAUAUAAUAGAACAAAUUCAAAAAUAACAUUUCGUAUUUGACAAAAAGUGUUGGUCCAAUUUUAGUAUAAUAUUUACUUCAAUGAUUUUGAAAUUUAAAGAAUUGUUUUUGUAAAGCUGUGUCUAGAUUAAGGUAAUACAUUAACAAACUAGUCAAUAACAUUAUGUUUCCAACAUUCUUCUAUGUUUCACUAAUUUUGGUGGAAUAGCAAUUAACAUAGUGGUGAUGUGAAUGCUAUUCAAUUAUCCAGUAGGCUGUAAAAUGUUGGAAAUGUUUCCAAGUUAGAACUAUAGUUCAGUUAGUCUUGAUAUAGCUUAAUAUUUUUUGGUUUUGUUUUUAUUGUGUUAUUUAUUUUAAAUUUGCAUAUAAUGUAUCAUAACAAAGAUAUUAGUUAACUUUUCUUUUUUAAAUUAUGUAAUUAAUUAGACAAUUUGUUUUUCUUAAUACUUUUAAUUAAUUUGAAAUUUGUCAGUUUUAUAAAAGUAUGUAUGUAUUCAAAAUAUCAUUAAUUAGUCUUUUCAUUCAAAAGUUAAUACCUAACAAUGACAUUUAUGAAAUAUGCUUUAAUUUUACAGAAAUGGAUUCAAUGAAUGUUUCAAGAGGUAUGGAUAAUUCAAUUUCAUUAAAAGAAUGCUUAGAUUUAUCUGGCAAAUUUUUGGAUAGUUUUUUUGUAGCAGACAAUUCAUUUCCAACACUUUUGGACAAAAUGCAAUUAUCUAAAAAAGGUCAUUGUUAAUAUUAUAAACCAAAUAAUGCAUUAUUACAUUUCAGUUGAAUUUAAUUUCUAGGUCAAAGUGUUAGUGGCUGUACAGAAUAUGAUUACCCAAAAGAAGGACUAGGGAUGCCGUCUAUUGCUCCCCUUAAAUCAAGGCAUAAAAUACCAUUACCUAGUGCAUUAUUAGAGCAGUGGAAUGGUAUAUAUAAUUUUAUUUUUUUAAUCAUUUUAAUAUUAAUAAACUAUAAAUUAUAAUAUAGAUAAAAAUUUAUUUCUUAGUAUUAUGUAGUUUUUAUUGUUAAAUGUGUCAUUUACAUUCUAAUUGUUUUAUUCAGAUAAAUUUUAAUAGAAAAUAAUUAUAUUGAGAUAACUGAAUUUAAAUAAAUAUUAUUUGUCAUAAAUACAGAUGCACAAAAUUUCCAUCGUCAGUUGGGAAUAUUUCCUGAAAUAAACAGAGUUUGGGUCACAGUUGAUCAAGAGUUUUUCUUAUGGGAUUAUAGUGAAGGGUUAGUAUAGUAAUUAAUUUUUGUUUUAAUAACAAUUUACAUUAUUAUUUUUUAUUUUAUUUUAGGACGGAUUUAUCCUAUUUUGAUGGAAUGAACUCCACCAUUUUUGCAGUUGCUUUAGUACCACCCAAACCAAAUGUAUUUCAAGAACACAUUAAACAUUUGUUAGUCUUAGCUACUGGAUUAAACAUUGCUAUAUUAGGUGUAACAUUUAAAAAAGUCACCAGUGUUGAUGGUAAUUUAAUUUUGUCCUUACAGUUAAAUUAGUAUAAGAAAUAGACUCGCUGUCGUGUGCAACAGGUACAUAGUUCCCUCUAUAUUCCACCUGACUCAGGUGCUGAUGGGUCAUGGGUGCCUUGGCCAAUACCUCUACUGGAUUAGGUGCUUGGGUGGGGAUGACAGCGGAGCACACUACAUUUGUGUGCCCGUUUUUUGGAUUAGAAGAAGCAUGAGUUCUUUAUGUUCGUCAAUGACCAGGACCUAUAUCCGGAGGCCACCUUGGACUUUUUGUGCGGCUAGCGCCUCUCCUUAGAUAAAAAAGCUUUCUUUGUUAUGGUCGAGGGGAUCAUGGCAAGAAAGAAAGGCAAAGCAAGCUAAGUAUCUGGCUAUCAGGCAACAGUGAUGUUGCUGCGCUGUGUGGUCACACUAGAUUGCCUCUGUUCAAUAACCAAGAAUCUAAUUAGAAUUGAUAUUGGGCUGGGAGGAGUAAUGCUGAAAUGGUCCCCCCUCAGUCCUGUAUCAAUAAUUUGUAAUUAAAGAAAACAAAAAUGUGUAAUCAAUUGAUAUUCUGAGUAUCACAAAAAAAAAAAAAAUUAACAAAAAAAAAAUGUUGUGUUAUUAGGAAAAACUACAGAACAAUUAGAACUCACUACAGAUACUAUCUAUGAAGUUCCUACUGAAGGAUUAAUAACUUCGAAAAUUAGCGCGACAAAUAAUGGACGUAUUUUUCUUGGAAGUGAAGAUGGUAACCUGUUCGAAAUUGAUUAUUGGGUAUUGUUUGAAUUCAUUUUUUUCAUUGAUAAUUUAUUUAUUUUCAAGUAAAAAAAAUAUUAAUAUUUUUUUUUCUUCUACAUAUUUAGAGGGACAAAGGUUGGUUUUCAAUUGGAAAUGGAAGACGUUGUAAGAAAGUUUGUCACUCGUCUGGUACAUUAUCAUACAUAUUACCAUCAUUCUUAACGUAUACAAUCACCGAGCCUUCAGCUAUCAUUGAAAUGACCAUUGAUAACACACGUCAUAUACUCUAUACCUUGUCUGAAAAUAGUUCAAUUGAAUUAUAUGAUCUAGGAACAGAUGGUAAAUCGACAAGUCGAAUAAUUUCUUUGUCACAUUCAAAUCUUGAAUACCAAGUAUCUAAACUACUCAGGUAAAUAAAUAUAUUUACUUUUAAUUUUGUUAAACUAAAAAAUAAUAUAUAUUUUUUGUAAAUUGCUUUAGAACUAUAGAAGUUGCUCAAAUGACUUUAUUAAGUAGUAUUAAAAUCAUUGAAGAAACAGAAUCAACACAUAUUCAUCUCAUGGCCGUAUCAAAGACCGGUUUUAGAUUAUAUUUUUCUACUGGAGCAGUAUACUCUAGUAAUACAAGACCGUACACAUUACAUCUUGUACAUAUCCGUUUGCCACCAGGAUAUAAUAGGGUCAUCGGUGAAUCCAAACCAAGUAGUGUUGAACAUGUAUUGUACAAUAGAGGUUUGUUUAGAUUUAUGUUCAUUAGGUUGAAUAAUUUUUUUUGAUUUUAAUACAAACAUUUAAAAUGUCUUAACUUUCAUAAUUUCAUUUUUUUUUUUUAAAUUAAUUACUGUUUACACUAUACUAUAUACUUUUACAAUUAAAUACCUAAAAUGUAAAUAUUUCUUGCAUAUACAUGUAUCAUGAUAAUAUUGAAAUUGAAUAAGAAUAUAAUAAAUGAUAACAUUAUAUACAUUUAAGCUUAGAAUGCUUUCAGCAAAAUAUAAUUUAAAACAAAAGAAGAAAAGAUAGUUUAACAUUUCAUAUGUAGCCCUUACCAUAAAUUAAUUAAAACCAAAAGUUAAGAGAAAGAAGGACUCUUAUACGUGUAAAGCUCAUCAUGCUUAAAUGUAUGUAUGCAAUAUCAUUUCAAUGUUAUGAUAUAUCUGUGAGGAAAUAUUUUUAACAUUUUCCAUUAUUAUUUACUUUAGUAAUUGAUUUCAUAGCGACAAUUUGGUUUUUAGUGACAGAGUUUUGCUGUCCAGUUUAAAGUUUUUUAUCAAAAAAUAUUGAAAAGAUAAAUAAGUUUAUUAAUAGGUAAAUAUAUAAUAAUUUAAUAAUUGUAAAAUUAUAUAAUUUUAUAUCCAGGUACUGUCAUAAUGGCAUGUGGCACCAAUAUUACUAAUUACAGACCAUUGUUGUGGUGUAUUACUCCGGAUGAAUAUGCAUUUAGUCUGAAUUUUAGUGAAAAAUAUUUUGUUACUGAUCUUGAUAUGUGCCCAUUAUCGAUGGAUAACAUAGGACCAAAUUUAUUGAUAUAUAAUGACCCUAGUUUACCACAGCCUCCCCUUGUUGUUCGCCAACAAUUUGAAAAUCGACAAGAGUACAUUACCAUAACUCCACAAGUAAAAAUUAUUUUAAAGUUAGUUAUUACUUUUAUAUUAUUAUUAUUUAUUUUUUUAAUCUUCUAGGGCUUAGAAAUUUUUGAAAUGAUUCGGCCUUAUGAUACCCUCUGUGAAUUGUUUGCCAUUAGUCAAGGAACAGAGACUGAUGCAAUAAAAAAUUACUUCAAAAAUAUGCCUAAUAAUCAAGCAUGUGUGGCAUGUCUCACAAUUAUUUGUGACCAGUCAUUAAAGAAUCAAAAGGUUUGAGUAUUCAUUAGUAAUUUUGUUAUAAAUUAAUUUUAUUAAUUUCUUAUGUUAAAAGAUUAAAGAAUACGCAACUCGAGCGUUUUUUACACAUGGCGGUGAACCUAAAUUGGUAACGGAAAAUCUAAAUGAUUCAUUUCAUGAUUUAACACGAGUUUCAAAAAACCAAAAUACUAGUGAGAACUUUAAUUUAUUUCAUAUUUUUAUUUUUGUAUUUUGUCUUUAUAUAAGCUAAUGAAAAAAAAAAAAAUCCAAUAUUGGAUUUAUAUUAUUACAAAUAAGCUGUUCCGCCUGACGUUUCCCAUGCUACUAUUGAACGAAAUAAAUAGGUAGAAAAUAGGCGUCUGGCUUUGACAUCAAUUAUCAAAUUAUUUUUUUACGGUUAAUCUUGGUUAUUUAGAUGAAAUAAAAAAUUAGGGUAAGAGCUCUAAUAGUUGUUACAAGAAUACACACAAUAAACAGUAUAGUUCAGAGAUGACAAAUCUUUUGAUACCCUUGUGUAAAACAUAAAUUUCUGGUUUGAUUUUAUUUGCCCUGUGUGUGAAGAAAUUGUUUGUUUUACCUUUUAUUUUUUUGCUUGUUGCAUAGAUAAUUAACUUAAUAUCUAAACUGAACUUUUUAGUAUUAAACAUUAAAAUAACAAAGUCUGAAUCAAAAAUGUUUGUUGAAUAUAUAUUUUUGUUAGAAAUUAGUGGUUUUAAUGGGAUAUUAGUUGCUGCAUUUUUGUAGCUAAUGAAUCAAUCCUGGAAUUAUAAUUGGUGGAUUUCAAUUGAAUACUUGCUGCACUAAUAUUUGUUCCAAGAUAAUUUAUUAAUGUCGAUUUAAUCAAAUUCAACAAGGAAAAUAACAAAAUUAUUUAUAGAAGAAUAUAAAUUUUGUAAACUAUUCCAUUCAAUAAGAAUUAGGUUUUUGAUUGUAAUAUUACUGUCAAUUUCACAAUAUUUUUUUUUAAAUUCACUUUUUAAAUAAAUACAUUUUUUUUUCGAAUUACAUUUUCUUGAAACUAUUCAUUCCAUUUUUAAAUUUUCGAUACUUAAUCAUUCAAAAAAUUUCAAGUGCGUCAAUAUCAGUACAAAAAUAAUAUAUAUAUAACCUUAAAAAUGAUAAUAUAAAAUUUUUUUUUCAUAGAAAGUAAAGAAAAAAUAAUGAAUUAUAUUUAAAUUGGGGUAUCACCAAAAUUGUAUGUGUGGCACUUUGUGACACAUGUGACAUAGGUUCGUAUAGUUGCUAUUGAAACUGGUUACUUAGUUCACUGUAUUUCUUUUGGCAUGAAUUUAUAUUAAUCAAUUUGUUUUAAAACAUUUUUUUUUAUUGAGAUUUUCAUUUAAAUUUAUGUCUACUGGUGAAUUUUCCAAAAUUUUUAUUUCAUAUUACCUUGUUCUAAAAAUUAAAACAAAAACAAAAAAAUCAGCCAAAUCGGUCAGACCGUUCUCAAGUGAUGACCUUUCAUACAUAGGCAAUUGAUUUUUAUUUAUAUAGAUACUUAUCAUUGAAUGUAUAAGGAUUAAUUAUACAAAAAGAAAAUUAUUUAAUUUUACGUAUACAAUUUAUUUUAUUAUUUCAAGGUUAUAGGUCGGGUCAUUUUACAACAUCUAUGCCAUCUUUAGUAAGCAGCCAGCCUAAUACAUCUUUUAUAAACAAUCAGACAAAUACAUCUUUUAUGAAUGUCCAGCCAAAUACAUCAUUUAUAAACAACCAGCCAAAUAUAACAAAUUUACAAUCAAUUAGUGUUCAUUAUUCAUUCAAACAUAAUGCCUUAUAUUUAUAUGUUAGUCGUUUGCUAAGACCACUGUGGAAUAUUAAAGCUGUAAACAUGGAGACAACUGAUGGAAAAACUUAUGUAAUGCAUAAUUAAUGCUAGCAUGCGAUUAAUAAAAUUAAAAACGAUUAAAUAUUAUUUUUAUCUUUAGAUUGUAAAUACAGUAUCCCCAGAUGAUUGUUUGUUUGUAGCUAGUCACUUGCAAACUUUACACACAUUCAUGAACAAUUACUAUAAAAUGUUGGCAAAUUAUACUAGAAUACCAUUAGACUCGUCGAGACGUACAACUGUACAAGAUGCUCAUCAAUCUGAAUCAAAAUCCAUUAACUGUUUAAAACAAUUAGUAGUUCAAAGUGCUGAGGUAUUUAAUCUAUGGAAAUUACUAAGCGAGCAUCAAUUUUAUAUUAUUGCGAAUAAAUUAAGUGAGGUAAGUGAACGUUUUUCUCACUCUAUAAUCUAUUGAAAACUACAAAUUGUUUUAAAUUAGAUAAUAUUUAAUCUUAGAAUUUGUAUACUUGUUAAAAUAUUAAACCUAAGUUGGUACAAUAAUUGUAUUAAUUAUUUUCAGCAAGAACACCGUGUAUUGGAAAAUGUGACUUUUAAAGAAUUGAUCCUUGUUCAUCAAGAAAUAUGUCAAAGUUUGGUUCAAAAACUAUUAGAUACGUACGUAUACUAUAAUUAUUAUUUUUUGAUUUAAUACAUGUAGUAUUAAAGUAGUAGUUAUACUUUUUAUAUAAAAUGUUGAUUACUAUAUAAUGGUAAUUAUAUCUAAUUUUUGUAUUGUGUUUAGAUAUUUAAAUGAAAGUUCAUCUGUUGAUUCGAUCAGUACAAAAUUACGUCAAGUUUGUCCAUCCAUAUACCAUUCCGAAGAUGCUGCUUGUGCAAAAGUAAUGUGUAAUUUAUAGAAAUUUAUAAAGAAAUUAUUUUGAUUUUUUGUUUAUUUAGGCCUCGGAGAUGAUCAAAUUGGCACAAUCUACUAUUAAUGAAGAUGAGCGAAAACAAAUUUUAUAUCAAUCUUUAAAGGUUGUUAUUUUCAAUUAAUAAUUUAACAUUGAUGAGUUAGGUCUUGGUUGAUAAAAUAUAAAUACAUUAUUUAAUAAUUUAGGUAUUGAAAGAAGUGGCACCAAAGAUAAAUUUGACUUCUGUGUGUUUACAAUAUACAAAUUGCGCUUACAUGGAAGGAGUGUAUCAAAUGUGUACAGAAUGUGCUAAUAAAAUUGAUCCUAAGAACUUAGGUGGACAUUAUUUUGUUAAUAAUAUGGUUUUAGAUAGAGAUGGACCCGGGUACGGAGCUUAUAUGCUCAGGUAAUAAUAUAAUAUUGGAAUAAAUGUUAUUAUUAAUUAGUUUUUAUUCCCUAUAAAUAUAUAUAUAUAUUUUAUUUUUUUGGAGAUGUUAACAUUAAUGUUUAAUAUUUUUUAAAUUUAUUGUUGUAUUUAGAUUAGAUAUUUACAAAGAAAUUAGUUCUAGUUUGGAUUACCUAUACUCAAUCAUGGUGAAAAAUCCAUCUUUGAACAUACCUACAAGACCAAAUCUAAUACCUGGAAUUCUAGAAAAUACUGCGCUAACUCCAGAGCAAUCAUCUAACUUGGUAUUAAUUUUUAAAAUGUAUUUUAAUUAUUAUUUAUUUAUUUUUAAUGCUUAGUAUUGAUUUUUUUAACAGAUUGCAGAAUUGAUAAAAUUGUGUAUUUCCUGUGAUGACGAAAUCAUGCAUACUGUAGUUUACAGAUGGAUGAUUGAUAAAAAAUUAAUCAGAGAAACUAUUGAAAUGGGACAUCAUAGCCUAGAGAAGUUUUUAUUGGCCCAGUCCCAGUCUGAUGAUAAUAAUAAUUACAUUAAAGAUGUGCUAUGUAGAUAUUAUGAGUAUAACGGAAAUUACAAUGAGGCAGCUGAAGUUUUGGCGUCAUUAUCUAAGAGACCUGAGUAAAUAUCUAUAAAAUUAUAUAUAAUAAUACAUAGGUAUAUUAUAUUAUUAAUCUAACAAUUUAAAUUGUUCACCAGGAGUGGCUUAACUUUAAGUGAUCGUUUAAUGUAUUUGGGUAGAGCAAUGGCAUGCUUGCGCAGUAAAAAGUUGAGUACACCUGCUUUAAAUGCUACAAGUCUCAGAGAAGUAGAAGACUUGUUACAAGUAGCCGAAAUACAGAAAAUGGUUUGAUAUUUAUAAUAUAUUCACUUUUUUUCUGUUUUCAUAUUAAUUAUUGUACAACUUAAUUUUAACAAAUUAGAUAUUGGAUUUAUUUUUAUCAAGUCAAGUUGAUGGAAAAGCUGAAAUAAUUGAGAAACUCAACAACAGUCUGUUUACAUUAGGCGAAGUAUGAUAUUUUUUGUGAUAAAAACAAACUAACCAUGAAGUGAAUGUUGGUGUAUAAUAUUAUAUAAAAUGUUGAAUGUGUUUUAGCUUUAUAGUAAUUUUGCUGAACCUCACCGUCUAUGGGAAGCUCAGUUAGCUAUAUUACAACUUUCCAAUCAUGAUGACCGCGAACUAGUUAACCAGAUUUGGGAAAAUAUAUUACUUAAAGGUAAAUACUUAUCAAUACAGAAUAAGACUUUGCAUUUAAAUUUUUUAUGUUGAAAAAUAAUUCAAAUCAAUUGAUUUCAAGAUUAGUUUCACAUUAAGUGGUUCUAACAUACGUGGAUCAAAAAUGCACAUGAUUCUAUUAUAUUCACAUUUCACUAGUCCACUACCCAUUUAAAAUGAUUGUGUUUCAAUUAUAUUUGCAAAAAUAGAAAAUUUCAAAAUAUAUUUCUAAAAUAGCUGUUUUGGAUAUUAUAAAAAUAAUUUUUUAUUUUUAGUUACAUUUAUUUUAUUGUAUUUUCAUAUAUUCUUUAGUUGUGGAAGAUUGUGGGGACAUUGGUGAACACAAUAAAAUGACCAUUGCUUUAGAAAAAAUUAAGUCGUUGGCCAGUUCACAUCCAAUCAACUCGUCUACAUUUGACUUGGGUAUGCAGUAUACACAUUUCAAUAUUAUUCCAAAACCAAUUAAAUAAUAGUGUAUUAUUUUUUUAGAAUACGUAACAACUAUGCUGGAGUAUUUAAACUGUAACUUAGGUGGUGAUUUGGAAUCUGUGUAUACGACUAUGUUAACUAUUGGUGCCCCUAUUGAAUCUCUAGUGGCAAUAUAUAAAAAGUAAUUAGCUUAUUUUUGUUUUGUUAAUGUUAACAAUUAAUUUUUCAAGUUAAUAAUCACUUAAAUUCAUCAUGGUGUCAAUUUGUUUGGUUUACAGAAUUUAUUCUACUAAUGAUCCACGGUGGCAGAAGACCAGUGAGCUACAUGUAUUGGAAGUAAUUAUGAGUUUGGCUCGUUAUUAUUUACAAAAUGUUGAUCUUUGGCCAUCUGGAAUGCAAAGGUAAAAUUUGUUACAUAAUUAUAUUUUAUUUAAAGUAGUUUCUUACUUGACAUAAAUCAAAAUGUUUCAGAAGAUCAAUUGCUGUAAACUUAUUCGAUUUGUUAGUGAUUUGUCAAAACAUGCUUUAUAGUCGUUUUGCUCAUAGUCCACUAAUAGAAGGUGUCAUUGCGAUCAAAACUGAAUUGGAUAUUAUUAUUAAAAAUUGAUUUUACAAUAAACUGGAUUUAAAUAUUUUUCAUUUGUUUAUUAUCCAGUUUAUUUCUUCCAAUUUUUAUUUUACAAUUAGAUAACUAAAUUUCUCAUUGUUAUUUAUGUAAAUUUGUUUGCUUGGGAACUGUAAUCUACUACCACUUUUGUAUAAUGUUAAUCAUUGAAUAUUAAACAAUUCAGUGUUAACCUUAACAUUAAUAUUUUGUAAUUAUUGUGUGUAUGUUAAAUAAUUAUGUAAGAUUGAUUCAUUUCUGUUAGAAACAACAAAAUGUCUUGGAAAUUAAAAAACUAAUUGAAUAUCAAUGGAAAAUUAUUUUUAUCAAUGAAUGGUCAUUUUAAUUAUAAAUAUUAAUAUAAUAAGUUUUUUUCUUUAUUAAAAU